AGGAAAACACAAAACUGUGUCAUCUUGGGCCUGACAUCAACAGGACUGCAGAUCUCUGAGAUGCUGAAUGGAGAACAUCAGUUUCUGUAUAAUUUGCCGUGGUCCACCAUUAAUUCCAUUAGCUUUCAGGGCAGAAAGUUUGAGAUUCGUGCUGAGGUCUUGUUUGAGAAGAGUUUGCGAUUGUUCAGUUGUUCAAUCCUUCAUGCCAAGCACCUGCUCCAGCACAUAAGCAACAGUCACCGAAUGCAUCUCAACACCAAGCGGUUGAUUGCACAAUCAGAUGGAGGGAGACACAGAGAAAUGUACAUCACAGAUGGAGCUGAUCUGGACAUAGAGGACAGUGAUGAUGAACUUCCACAUAUGAAAUUGUUUUUUAACCAGAAGCCUUUUUCUUGCACCACUGAAUGUGGAAAUGAUAGAGGAGAUGAGUACAGUUUAGAGAUGAGUGUUGAUGAGCCGGAGGAGAUGUUUGUGGAUGAUCCUGAAGACGUCCUGCGUUUAUUUGAGCUGCUGGAGGGAGUAUCUGUGGAUGAUCCUUUACUUCUGCCUAUUUCACAAUGGAAAGAUCUCACAGAAAUGAAUGACAUAUGACCAUCUUAUUCAAUCAUCACAUCAACCAGGAAGUCAUGCACGAAAACACAAAAACAACUGCAAACAAUUUUUUAUUUUUUUUAACAGCACGUUGAUACAUUCCUAAACUUGUAAUUUAAAUUUCUUGUAAAAAACAUUAAAUAAAUAUUUAGCAAAUCAUGAAUGUUUGUGUUGUGUAUGUAUAAUGUUGGGAACUUUAAU